AUGUACUACUAUGAAUGCGAGAAGGAUGGUCCGUAUUUGAAAAGCCGAGCCAAGGGUUGUAUAAGUCAUGACAAGCAAAGAAGAGUCCCCAUUGGACAACGAGAUGACUUUGGAGAUUACAUAUAUGAAUGCCGUCUGAAAUACAAUGGAACAAUUCAAAUGUGUAGUGUCGGUUGUAUACAUAAAGGAGAGCAUUACAAAGUCGGAGAUCAAUGGCCGGAUGGUGAAUUCGUCUAUUAUUGCAAGUCAAACGGUGGCCGCAGUCAGAAGGUGUGCAUUGGUUGCCAACAUCGUCAAAAACGACUUUAUGAUGGUGAUAGAUAUCGUGAAAAUGAUUCUGUCUACGAGUGUGAGAUUCGUCCAGAUUCCUUUGGACAUAAACCAGUAGCAUGUCUGUCUAAGGAACUUGAUGGUUCAAAGGUUGAGCGAGUAAUUGGAUGUAGAUGGUACCUGCAGUCACCUGAAGCAAAGAUCGAACAGACGUGUGAGCUUGAUGGUACAGGUACAAAAACAGCCGUCCGAACGCUUGGCUGCAUUUACAGGCACAACCUUACCCGUGACGGAGCGAAAUUGGAAGUGUUCGAUGUGAAUCGGCUAGCCGAAUUCACCCAGGGAUUAACGUACGAUCAACCGCGAGGGAAAUGA